AUGGUCUACACGCAUUUUGGCCGAGCUACAAAGCAGUGGUGGGGAGCUACUCACCUCCGUAUCGGCAGUCGAGGCCAACCUCGCCCUAACAAGGGUUUCCGAGUGUCGCACUUCCCAACUGUAGGAUCAGCGCUCGAGUGUUGUAGAUGGUGGAAGUAUCUCAGACGAGGCACAUUGGCAAGAGUAUUGAACUUAGAUACGUCCAUUGCGUCGCGGAAAUCGGAUCCCGUAACCUCUUCACACCUUGAAGAAGCGGAGAAGGGUUCAUUGCAGCUCAACGAUGAGCAGUUGUCAGUGCUUGGCACAUAUUUGGGCGUGAGUUUUGUUAAAAGCAACAAGCAUCGGUAUCGCCGCAUAGAGGAGGAAACUGCAUCACCGUCACCACCAACGCCAGCUACAACGGUGACAACCGUCAGUCAAGAUGAGGAAGACCACCAUCACAGAUUGAUGGUUUUUAUUUCUUUAAUGUCCGUGCUAGGAUCUAUUUUAAUGUUUAACGUGUUGUUCAAUAUGCAGACGUUUGACCGUGAUGGGUUUGGAAGUAACGACGAAAACGCAAUGCGGCAGUUGGGGACGUUCAGCACUUAUUACACUGGGGAGUACAAGGUAUGCGAAACGUCCCGUACUCUGAAAGAUAUAAAUGGGGGCAAACAGGCUAUGGCUGGUGGUUGUGUAACAGGAACUAUGCACGCUACUGUGAUUUUCCGUGAUAUGGCUGUUGACUCUUUCAAACAAGUCUAUUUGUUACUUUGUCUUGAGUUGCCUGAUGGUAACCGUUUGGAGUUUUGGAAAUCACCAAAGUACGGCAAAAACACCUUCAAGAAAGAGCGCCGUGUCUACAUUGGAUUUUCUGGUCUGGAAUUUACGAGCAACAUUGAUAAGCUGUACCUGUCUGGCAUGUCAACUGUGAUGGGACCUUUCACUUCACGUGCCCCUCUGAAGCAUUACUGGCCCACAGAGGCUCUAAAGCUCGACUUUUGGGACGAGUAUUCCGGUAAAUCAUCGGGGGAGAUAUGUACCUUCAACACCUUUUUACGUCAGCCCCUGCCCCGUCUGAGCCAGGUUUCAUUACGUCAGCUUGACGAAUUCUACAUCUUGGGGAUUAGGCGUUUUUUACUUAAGGACUUUGAGCACCUUUCGAAUUUGGAUGGUUCUAAGUACAACGUUUUUAAUGCCCUCUACAGGGAACCGCCGCCCCCGGCUGUCAGCGUGGCUGAGAACAUGGCGCCCACAUCGGUAGCGACAGUGGCGGAUACCAGCGCGGACGGUGAAGACCAGCAGUUGGUAGAUACUAUGCAUGGUUCUAUAAAUUCGACGGAUUGCGGUGUCACGAUUACAUUCAAAGGUCAGGAACGAGACAUGUCAUAUGGCGAUGUGUUGGUUUAUCGUUUUUCCGUCAUAUUCAUCCUGAAGUCGUUGUUAGAGACUUUCGUAUUGUGCAAGCAGUUGAGGCACGUGGAUGAGGGCGCACAGGGCCAGACUAUAAGUAUUAUUGGGUUCAGUAUGUUUUCUUAUCAAGAAUUGCUUGAAAUUUUCAUAUUGUUGUACCACCGUUCUAUUUUUGUCAAAAGCAUCACGUGUUUUUGUUUCGCAAUAUUCAUCAAGUUUUUUUUGGUUGGAAUUGUGGAUCACAGUUUUUUGGUUUUGAUAUGGCGUGCUAACCACGCGGCACAAAUCCGUGAGGGUUGGGAGGCAACUCAAAAACGUUUCGCUUUGUUUUAUCGCUACUACUUUAGUUUCCUGUUUCUCCAAGCGUUAGGGUGGUACUUUUAUUACAUCCGAAGUCCCUGGAUCUUUAUACUUACCUAUCUAUCAUGGGUGCCACAGAUCCUUCUGGAUGCUUGGCGAGGUCGUUGCAGUUCACUCAACAUGUCAUCUAUCAUUGUGGUAUCGCUAUGCCGUUUGUUUCUGCCGUAUUACGUAUUUAUGCUAAAGGAUAGCGCAUUCACAUAUGAUGUAUUUUCGACAGAUACGGCUCGUACCAACCGUACUGUGGGAGCAUACAUCAUGCUGGUGACAUUUUUGCAACUGAUUCUGAUGUGUCUGCAGCGCCUCCGCGGUGCACGAUGCUUCGCAUCAUGGUCUAUCUUACCACAAAUUUACACUUAUGUGCGCCCAUGGACACAGUUGAUGCAGGACGAUCCUCAGGAAUGUGUAAUUUGCAUGAACGUCAUCGUGCAUUCGAAAGGUGAUUGGAGCAUAACUCCAUGUGACCAUCUGUUCCACAGCACAUGUCUGAAGGAGUGGGCAUCCAUAAAACUGGAAUGUCCUAACUGUCGCUUAGAUACAAAUGAAGCCAUGACUAUUACCGAUCUUGAGCAGAGAGUUAAAGCUCUGCAACGGGCAUUUGCGGAUGCCGCCGUGGAUCCGAGCGCCCUCAGGCGCUGUGAAGAUCUCUUGGACCCGUUGAAAGAGGAACUAACGCAGUACCAGAUUAACAGUGACCCUUGUAACGACCGUUUUCUAAUGUUAGCGCGGGAGGUGUACGAGAUCGGUGCGCUGGUUUCAUUGACACUCGAAGGCGUUGGAGGCUUCGAGGGUUUUUAUUCAUAUUUACACCCAUUUUAUUUUGACUACACAGAUCAUCUGGCGCCUAGCUCACGGGCCGACGUAAUCUUGGGUCUCCGUUUGCUACACCUGUUGACUGAAAAUCGCAUAGGGGAUUUUUACAUGCUUCUCGAACUGUUACCUGUGGAUCUGCGCUAUAGCGCGAACAUAUCGUACGUUGUAGAGCUGGAACGCAGCAUGAUGGAGGGAAACUUAACACGUUUGAUUGACAUGCGCCAUACAGCGUCGUGCGUAUACUACCAUGCCUUAGCCGACAAGCUGGCUGAUACUGCACGGGGCAAGAUUGCUGCAGCUAUGGAGAGCGCCUACCCUAGUCUGAGUGUGGAUGCUGCUGUGGCUAUGCUUAAAUUGCGCGACAUCGGGGAUUUGGAAGUUUUUAUAAAGUGCUACAAGAAAAACAAAGCCACUAAUGGUUCGUUAUUGAAUUCCACCCGUUCAGUGGAGUGGCAAGUGGAGGAUGGGCGUGUCACUUUUGCCAAGAGUGACGCUGGAGGCACGAGCAUACCGUCUAAGGAAAUGCUUCGCCACACGCUGAACUACAUUGAAACCUUGGAGAAAAUCGUGUAA